UGCUGUCGGGAGGCGGGGCUCGGAUGUGUGUAGAAGGUACCCAGGCGCUUGUAGCUGCUAUCGCAGCGUCGUAGGCGCAGAUCUGCCGCCGGUGUGUUUGGACGUAGUGUUCCCCACCGCUAUGAGCUACACAGGCUUUGUCCAGGGAUCUGAAACCACUUUGCAGUCUACAUACUCCGACACCAGUGCUCAGCCCACCUGUGAUUAUGGAUAUGGAACUUGGAACUCUGGGACAAACAGAGGCUACGAGGGCUAUGGCUAUGGCUACGGCUAUGGUCAGGAUAACACCACCAGCUAUGGGUAUGGUAUGGCCUCUUCACACUCUUGGGAAAUGCCUAGCUCUGACACAAACGCAAACCCUAGUGCCUUGGGUAGCACCAGUGCCGAUUCCGUUUUAUCCAGAAUUAACCAGCGCUUAGAUAUGGUGCCACACUUGGAGACAGACAUGAUACAAGGAGGAGUAUAUGGCUCAGGUGGAGAAAGAUAUGACUCCUACGAAGCCUGUGAUUCAAGGGCUGUCCUGAGCGAGCGUGACCUGUACAGGUCAGGCUAUGACUAUGGCGAGCUUGACCCUGAGAUGGAAAUGGCCUAUGAGGGGCAGUAUGAUGCCUACCGCGACCAGUUCCGCAUGCGUGGCAACGACACCUUCGGUCCAAGGGCUCAGGGCUGGGCCCGGGAUGCCCGGAGCAGCCGGCCUAUAACCUCGGGCUAUGGGCGCAUGUGGGAAGACCCCAUGGGAGCCCGGGGCCAGUGCAUGUCUGGUGCCUCCCGGCUGCCCUCCCUCUUCUCCCAGAACAUCAUCCCUGAGUAUGGCAUGUUCCAGGGCAUGCGAGGUGGAGGCGCCUUCCCAGGCGGCUCCCGCUUUGGCUUUGGCUUUGGCAAUGGCAUGAAGCAGAUGAGGCGGACUUGGAAGACUUGGACUACAGCUGACUUCCGGACCAAGAAGAAGAAAAGAAAGCAGAGUGGCAGUCCUGAUGAGCCAGACAGCAAAGCUACCCGGACGGACUGCUCAGACAAUAGUGAUUCAGACAAUGAUGAGGGCACCGAGGGGGAAGCUGCAGAAGGCACUGAAGGCACAGAGGCUACAGAGAAGGGCUCCAGAGCAGAAGGAGAGGAUGAGGAGGGAAAAGAGGAUGGGAGAGAAGAAGGCAGAGACGAUACAGAGAAGGGGUCCCUGACCACCCAGGAUGACAAUGACCAGGCCAAGCGCAAGUUGCAGGCAAGCAAGAAGAGCCAGGAUAAGCAGAAAAAGCGGCAGCGAGACCGCAUGGUGGAAAGGAUCCAGUUUGUGUGUUCUCUCUGCAAAUACCGGACCUUCUAUGAGGAUGAGAUGGCAAGCCACCUUGACAGCAAAUUCCAUAAGGAGCAUUUUAAGUACGUAGGCACCAAGCUCCCUAAGCAAACGGCUGACUUUCUGCAGGAGUAUGUUACCAACAAGACUAAGAAGACAGAGGAGCUCCGAAAGACAGUGGAGGACCUUGAUGGUCUGAUCCAGCAGAUCUACAGGGACCAGGAUUUGACUCAAGAAAUUGCUAUGGAGCAUUUUGUGAAGAAGGUGGAGGCAGCCCAUUGUGCAGCCUGUGACCUCUUCAUUCCCAUGCAGUUUGGGAUCAUUCAGAAACAUCUCAAGACCAUGGAUCAUAAUCGGAAUCGCAGGCUCAUGAUGGAGCAGUCCAAAAAGUCCUCGCUCAUGGUGGCCCGCAGUAUCCUGAACAACAAACUCAUCAGUAAGAAGCUGGAACGCUACCUGAAGGUGAGACACCUCAGCUGUCCUGCCACCAGCCUCAUCACACAUAUCUUCCCACCUUUCAGUGUGUUCCUCCCCUCAGGGCGAGAACCCUUUCAUAGACAGCCCGGAGGAAGAGAAGGAGCAGGAGGAAGCGGAGGGCGGUGUCCUGGACGAGGGGAUGCAGGCCGAAGCGGCAGGAGUCGAGGGCGCGGAAGGCACUCUGGUGCACCCCCCAGUGCCCCCAGAACCGGCACCCGGGGUCACAUCGCCACCGCCGCCGCCACCCCCGGAGGAGGAGAAUGCAGUGCCCCUGCUGGGAGGGGCGCUGGAGCGCCAGAUCCGCGGCAUCCCGGGCCUGGACGUGGAGGCCGACGACGACGAGGAGGAGGAAGGCGGUGGGGGCGCCCCCUGACCCGGGCCUGGGGCAGGAGGAGCCCAUGUGGCAGAGGCUGGAAACCGAACCUAAUAAAAGUUCUCACCCCACCUCCUCAUUUGUCUGAUCUGCGUGCGGCCGGAGGUUGAGGGGCGACGAUAGGGCGAGCAUGCCAGCGAAAGUGCGCGCC